UCCAAUUGAAGUUUCGUAGCAACUUCCGUAGUAGAAUUCGAAAAUGGCAAACCGCACGGUGAAGGAUGCCAAAUCUAUUCGCGGAACAAAUCCACAAUAUUUAAUUGAGAAGAUUAUCAGAUCUCGGAUAUACGAUUCUAAAUACUGGAAAGAAGAAUGCUUCGCCUUAACAGCCGAACUCUUGGUCGACAAGGCAAUGGAAUUGAGGUUUCUAGGCGGAGUAUACGGCGGCAAUGUCAAGCCUACGCCGUUCCUCUGUCUCAUAUUAAAAAUGCUCCAGAUACAACCUGAGAAAGACAUCAUAGUCGAAUUUAUAAAGAACGAGGAAUAUAAGUACGUUCGAGCAUUGGGUGCACUGUAUAUGAGACUGACUGGUUCUUCUCUGGACUGCUACAAGUAUCUCGAACCACUUUUCAAUGACAACAGAAAGCUCAGGAUACAGAACAAGCAGGGUGUAUUCGAGCUCAUACACAUGGAUGAACUCAUUGACCAUCUCCUCAGGGAAGAAAGGUGUUGCGACGUUAUUUUACCGAGAAUUCAAAAGAGGCACGUUUUGGAGGAAAAUAAUGAGUUAGAAGCGAAGAUAUCAGCAUUGGAAGACGAUAUGGACGACGGUAUUGAAUCAUCAGAAGAAGAGGAGAUUCCACCAAUUAAAGAAUUACCUCGCAAGAGGCCAGAUGAUCAUGAGCGGGAUAGAGAUCGUCACAGAGAUAGAGAUAAGAGACAUUUCCGAACCGAGAAGAAAUCUGACAAGGAGAAACAAAGAUCAAGAAGCAGAGAGAGGGACAGAGAUAGAGACAGGAGAGAACGUAAACGUAGCAAAUCACCAAAAUCUCACUCGACAUCGCAUAAAGAUAAAGAUAGAGACAGAGAUCGUCACAGAAGAGACGAUAGGGAGAGGGAGCGAGAACGAGAAAGAGAAAGGGAGCGAGAUCGUAGAAGAGAACGCGACAGAGCUAGACAUUAAAGUGUGAUAAAUAUGGAAAACUUUUAUCAAAUUUAUAUAACUAAAAUAAAUGAAGGAUAAAUCGAUUGGUAAUUUUUCUUAUACUCCUAUCAAUGUUCGUAUAUUUUUAUAGCGCCGGUGACAUUUACAAGAGUUCAGUAUUAAAAUUAUACAACAUGCAUCUGGACUCGAAUCCGUUGUAACAUAUUCAAAUUAUGUACAUUUUCACAUUAUUUGUGUUAUAUUACAAUUGCUUUAUUAAAUAAAAAAAAUAGUGAUAUCAA